UAAGUUCCCAAUUCACAAUCACUUAUACGAUUACGAAGAAUGCAGUUCAAACAUACUAUAUGUUUGUAUGUCGUAAAUGUACUUACUGGAUUGUCGUUACCGGUACAAGCGGAUUACCGAUGCGUUUGCAGUGUUGAUGGAGCAAUACCGGUCUUUCAACAGGCGGAUGUGUUUCAUGGAAUGGUCGGAUUUCUGUUUGAAAAUUUCUGCAAGCAGUAUCUGUAUCCAGUUGACGCAAACUGGAACGCCGUGGUGUUUAUGCAUCAGGUCGGAUUUGUUCUCACGAAUGUCAGCAUUCUACAAAUGUGUCGCCUCUCACCAGCGGACGCAUUUACAACUUCAUUUCCACCCGUUGAUUCAACAACAGCAUUGGCGUUACUAUCAACUGACGUCGGAACGAUGUCAACAAAAGAUUCACAAACAUCAAUACACACUACAUUGACCAAAGCUUCUACAGCCAACAAGGUCACUUCAACAGCCCCAACGACAACAAAAAUAGAAAUAGCGAUAUCAACUAUGACAACCCCUUGGACAACAGAAUCAUGGCCAACUACACCGAUCACUUCUAUAACGAAUAAUGCGUCACCGACAACUUCUCUCUCAACACUAUAUACUACUGGUCAACUGCAGCCUACACAUGCGCCCGAAGGGCGUGUUGAACUGUGCCCGUACCACGUAAAAAAUGAGGUCAACAUAUUCGGCGGAUCUCUUGACCAGUAUGGGGAUUAUUGUCUGCAACUAGUUAAUGUUCAAAAGCAGUGGCACAACGCUCAAAGGCACUGUACCGUUGCCGGACACGGACGUCUGGUUGAAAUUGAAGACCUCAAGAAGCAGGACUUUGUCGUGCGUUUUCUGGCUAAGUACGCGCAAAUACAAUCCAUAUGGCUCGGACUGACUGACAGUGAAACGGAAGGAGCAACAGCAGAAGGUCAAUGGAGUUGGGCUUCGGGCGCCCCAGUAUCGUUCACUAAUUUUGGUGCCAAUUACAAUGGCCAUUCAAGCGCUGCACACAAACUGAACGCCUGCGUCAUAAUCAAGCAGGGUGGAGAAUGGACAGAUGUGCAGUGCGGAGUUGCUUUAAUGAUGGGAACAGGGUUUGGAGAGAGUCAUUACUUUAUGUGUCAAUACAACGUGACGUCGAUGCACCUUAACAUACUCAAUGAACUCGGAACAGCACUUGUCGGUUGAAAUGUUUAAUGUGCAUAAUGUGUCCUCGGUAUUGCAGUUCAGCUAUUUUUAUUAGUUGGAUAAAACAUAUUUACGAUCGUU